AGGUCCAGGACUUCUGGGGAAGAAACAGCAAACUGAAGACAGAACGGCACCAAUGACUAUGGCAGAAUGAAGAGCCGGGUAGCCGCCAUGAAUGAACCAGCUUGUAGUGGAAAUGGGAAAGACUUUGAUGUAUUUAGUGUAAUGGACUGGAAGGAUGGAAUUGGUACCUUGCCUGGAAGUGAUUUGAAGUUUUGUGUGAAUGAAUUUGGAGCUCUAGAAGUAAUCACUGAUGUCACAGAAAUGGAAAGUGUUAAGAAGGCUACGGCUACCACAACUUGGAUGGUGCCAACUGUCCAAGAAGCAUUCUCAGAAAAAACAGAAGUACCACCAAAACUGAAGGAAACUGCCAAGGCAGAUGGGCUUCAUUUUUGUGGAAAUUGUUUUCAGUCUGGAACAUCAGUGGAGUUUGUAGAUGGAGAAAGAACUUGCAGCCAAAAAUGUGCCCAUCUGUUUAAAAACAAGGAAUCGAAGGAGGAAAAAGACGUGUCAGAAUGCAGUGACGAAGACUAUUCUAAGGGCAUUCAAAAGAGAAAAAACAAACUGUCAUCCAAAGGAGAGGUUAUUGAAGAAAAAGAUAAAGAAACAGAAGAGCACUCUGAAGGAAGAAUACUGAGAGUAUCUCAAAGAGCCACACGGAAAAGGAAACGAGAUGUGGCAAUUUUGAAACAAACUUUAAUGUCAAAGGGAAAGAAAGCGUGGAGUUGGUCUUCAUAUUUGGAAGAAGAGAAGGCUAUAGCAGCACCUCCUAAGAUUUUUAAAGAGUACCAGUCAUUCCCAUACAACAAGAAUGGAUUCAAAGUUGGAAUGAAAUUAGAAGGAGUGGAUCCUGAGCAUCAGUCAAUGUAUUGUGUGCUUACAGUAGCAGAGAUUUGUGGCUACAGAAUUAGACUCCAUUUUGAUGAGUACCCAGAUUGUUACGAUUUUUGGCUGAAUGCUGAUUCUUCAGAUAUUCAUCCUGUUGGGUGGUGUGAGAAAACUGGGCAUAAACUUCAUCCCCCAAAAGGAUAUAAAGAAGAUGAAUUUAAUUGGCCUGCAUAUCUGAAGAAAUGUAAAGCUCAAGCUGCUCCUAAAUCCUUGUUUGAAAACCAAAACACAACUGUGAUCCCAUCAGGAUUUCGAGUAGGGAUGAAGCUUGAAGCAGUAGACAAAAAGAAUCCUGCUUUCAUAUGUGUUGCUACAGUAACUGAUAUUGUGGACAACCGUUUCCUGGUUCAUUUUGACAACUGGGAUGAAAGCUAUGACUACUGGUGUGAAGCAGCUAGUCCAUAUAUUCAUCCAGUUGGAUGGUGUAAAGAACAUAAAAAAACACUUGUAAUUCCUCCAGACUAUCCUCAUGGCAAACAUUUUUCUUGGGAAAAAUAUUUGGAAGAAACCAGUUCUUUACCUGCACCUGCUAGAGCUUUUAAAGUGAAACUUUCUCAUGGAUUUCAGAAGAAUAUGAAACUUGAAGCUGUCGACAAGAGGAAUCCUGCACUUAUCAGAGUAGCUACUGUGGUUGAAUCAGAAGAUCACAGAAUUAAAAUCCACUUUGAUGGCUGGGAUAGUAUUUAUGACUAUUGGAUUGAUGCAGAUAACCCGGACAUACAUCCUGCAGGCUGGUGUGGAAAAACUGGACAUCCUCUUCAGCCCCCUCUUAGUCCACUGGAAUUAGUAGAAGCUUUAGAACAAGGAGGGUGCCCUACAGCAGGCUGCAGGGGAGUUGGACACUUAAAAAGAGCCAGGCAUAUGGGCCAUCACAGUGUGGUCAACUGCCCAUAUUCUGAAAUAAACCUAAACAAAGAGCAUACUCUUUCGGACCGUUUAAGUGGGGAGACCCCUCUAAAUAAUCCACCUAUGCAUUGGAAUCGAAAAUCAGAAAUAAAUGAAAGAUCAGCCUCUCCUAUAAUCAAUAGCAGAAAAUGUCCCAGUCCCAGUCAUAUUGGAGUAAAGCCUGCACCUCAUUUACAGCCUUCAAAGGAGGAAGAUACAGAUUUGAAACUUCUUUGCAAAAAGCCUUUAAUGUGUGAUGUCAAAGAAGAAAACUACAGGGGAGAGCACGCCAAAGAACUCACUGGGAAAGAUGGCUGUGAAGAAAGAAAAAUGGAAAAUGAAGUAUUAUCUAUAAAUGAAACCAAAGACAGGAAGGAAACCAAUAGCAGAAGUUCCCAUCUACAGCCAGUCAUUUUAUCUUCCAAGCUCACAAUUCCUGCAUUUCCAUUGCGGUGGGAACAGCACAGUAAGCUCCUUCCUACAGUAGCUGGGAUUCCUGCCAGUAAAGUUUCUAAAUGGAGCACAGACGAGGUCUCAGAGUUCAUUCGGAGUUUGCCAGGUUGUGAGGAGCAUGGCAAAGUAUUCAAAGAUGAGCAAAUCGAUGGGGAAGCUUUUCUUCUAAUGACUCAAGCAGACAUUGUCAAAAUAAUGAGCAUUAAACUGGGACCAGCCCUAAAAAUCUUCAAUUCCAUCCUGAUGUUCAAAGCUGCUGAUAAAAACUCUCAUAAUGAACUCUGAUAAAAGGUCUACAGGACAACAUCUGCACUCCAGCCAAUGUUUUAGCCAAAGCACAAAGAUAUAGAAAGAUAACCUAGGAUAAACAUUUCAAAGGGAAAAAGUCUUAAGUGCAUGAAAUAAAGAUACUUUCCAAAAACUAGGGCAACUGGACACUUCUGAGAAGUGCUUAAGGUUUUUAGCAAGAUAAAAAUUUAAUAGAGCAGGUACGUAAAGUUUGUCAACCUGGUGGUUUUAAUUUUUCUAUAAUUAGCCACCUUAAUUUAAUUGGGGAACCAGUAACUAAGGGAACAUAUUAGAAUCAUGGUUAUAUUAGCCUUUUUUAAGGAAUCACAAAAUAUAUACUUUGUGAAUUCACCCAUUGGGCUUAGUUAAUCUCUUUGUCCUAUUUGACCAUUUUCAUAAGAAACUGUUCACAAUUUAAAAAUAUUUGGGAUGCAGUUAGUUAAUGGAAAUGGUUAACUCAUUAAUUUUGCACUACACUGAAAAUUGCUGUGGAUUCUGGUUGGUUUAUUCUAAGAAAACAUUGCUGAAGAUCAGUGCUGUUUUUUUUAAUUAUUUUUGCAUGGUUAAAAGAAAAAGAAAUACUUCCAGUAGCAUAUUUGGUAUGAAAUUAUUAAUAAGAACUACAAAAGGUUAAUGUAAUUAUAUUUCAUGUUGCAUUAUAUUACUUUAAUUCAUUCUAUGAAAAGAGAUACAAAUUAAAUGUGCAUAUGCAGAAUAAAAAUAAUCCUGCACUGUAAAAAAAACACCUUUUUAUAAAGAAUUAAAUUGGUUGAACAGGAAUAUUAACUCAAUAAUCUAAAAAUAGCAGUAAGGGAAAAGUUAAAACAGUUCUAUCCAAUUUAAAAGGAAUUUGUAAAAGUUAGGUCACUUGACUUUAACAUGUGCAAUAGAAAGCAAUGUGAAAAAGAUCAUUAAGGGUUAUAUUACAUUGUUCUGUUCAGUCUUUUUUAUAAACGUUGCAUCUUUUAUAUUUUGUUCUGACUUUUUACACUUAAAAUUGCAUUUAAAAUUGUUACGCUUCAUAACUGCCAAAAUGUGAAAGAACUUUUGUAUGACUCAUUUUUCAUGCAGUUGGUUUGUAUCAAUAUUAGUACAGUC